CUAAUCCGUCGCAAGCUUCCUGAUCAGAUGAAAAAAACGCAUUUUAGAUGUGUAACACCUUGGGAACGUUAACUGAUAAGGAACUGCGUAAGGCCUAAUAUAAAGAACUCUGAGUUACAGAAGAUGAAUUGUAUGACCCAGUUGGGCUAUUGCCUUCGCCACUGUUGUCGUCCGAGCCAGGAUCAAGGUCAUUUGGCGAUAGCCGCCUUAUCGCCCAUCCAGUGGCUCUCACUUUGCUCAUACAGCAAUUACAGCAACAGUAACUACAAUGUCCGCCGAUCCCAGCUGAACUGCCGCUCAAGCUUUAUCAGGGGGUCCAGAACCGAAUAGAUAGUUGUCAUUUGCGCUUUUUGUCGUUGUGUCGCCGCCGUUGUUGUCUCUUCCAUUCUGGCAUCGCAGUCGUGGAUUUUAUAGCAUUGCGAGCAGAUCCAAUCUAAGAGAUCCUAGAUCGCAUGCGAAAUGUGGUGGAGCCGUAAAUUUGCCUCAAGGUCUCUCCGCCUGCACCGGCUCAAGAGCACCGGAAGCACAGCUCCCAGGGAACCGGCGCAAUCUCUAGGCAUCAUUGGAGUGCCCUUCGCAAAGGGGCAGGGAAAACAGGGCGUGGAACUGGCGCCAGAUCUUCUCCGGCAGAGCAGCCUGCGUCAGGUGCUUCAGAGCAGUCAUGAUGGCCUGGUGAUACGGGACUACGGAAACCUACAGUACGCCGUAGACGAGCCCCUUCUCCAACAGCAGCGUGUGCACUACCACCACAUCCGAAACUACGCGGAUUUCAUGGCUUGCAAUCGGGCACUGAUUGAACAGGUGAAACUCAUGCUCGUGGAGAACACGCAGUUUUUGGCCAUUGGUGGUGAUCAUGCGAUCGGCUUCGGAUCCGUGGCCGGACACCUGCAACACACGCCGAACUUGUCCCUGGUGUGGAUCGACGCACAUGCGGACAUCAAUCUGCAUAGCACCUCGCAGUCGGGCAACAUCCAUGGGAUGCCCGUAUCCUUUCUGUUGGAACAGCUCCGUAACACCUGGCAGCACGCUGGCCUCCAGGAAAUCGCGCCCAACUGCUUGCCCAAGGAUCAGUUGGUUUACAUCGGACUCCGGGACAUUGACCCCUACGAGGCGUUCAUCCUAAACAAAGUCGGAAUACGCUACUAUGCGAUGGAUACCAUCGACCGGGUGGGCGUGCCCAAGAUUAUCGAGAUGACGCUAGACGCCCUCCAUCCGCAGAACAAGAUCCACGUCAGCUUCGACAUCGACGCCUUGGACAGCAAUGUGGCCCCUAGCACGGGCACCGCGGUGCGCGGUGGCCUGACACUCCGCGAGGGAAUCAGCAUCGUGGAGGCACUUCGGGACACCAAGCGGGUGCAGGGCGUCGAUCUGGUGGAGAUCAACCCGAAGUUAGGCAGCGAGCGCGACGUGCGCACCACUGUGGAGUCCGGCCUGGAGAUACUGAAGAGCAUGUUCGGCUACCGACGCUCGGGGCGCUGGAGCAACAUCGACACCGGAAUUCUUGGCAGCGAUUAAGGAACGCAACUCGCCCGGUUUUCAACUUAUUAAUAUUUAUGUACAACAUUCUUGCCAUAUUAGUGUGUGCUUUUUUUUCGUAUCUUAAUGAGGCAAUACAACAUUUGUGUAAAAAA